AUGUGUGCAGACCAUCGUCGGAAAUGGGACAGUGCGUAUUUCGAAAAAUUGGCUGAUCAGAGGUCUACAGAGGAAUUGGAGGCACUCCGCAAUGCUCGCACGGAAAAGGAAACCGUUAAACGACAGCCUCUUAAGGCCCGUGAAUACACGAUUGACCUUGAGUCGAACUUGAACAAGUCACAAGUGAUUGCCAAGACUGGCCCUGGCAGUUCGCAGGCCGGCUAUUAUUGUGAGGUGUGCGACUGUGUCGUGAAGGACUCGAUUAACUACCUUGACCACAUUAAUGGAAAGAAGCAUCAACGUAAUCUCGGAAUGUCUAUGCGCAUAAAACGUUCGACUCUGGAUGAUGUAAAAGGGAGGUUUUCCAUGCACAAACGGGCUCAAGAACAGAAGGCACAGGAAUACAGCAUAGACGAAAGAUUGAAACAGAUUGCAGAGGAAGAAGAGAAGAUGAAGGCGUACAGGCGUGAGAGGCGAAAAGAGAAGAAACGGAAGGCCGAAGACGCUGACCUAGUCGAUGACGAUGUUGCUGCUGCAAUGGGGUUUGGUGGCUUCGGCUCGUCAAAAAAAGCUCGUUAA